CCCCCUGUUAACCAUGAUUUAUUUCUAUUUUUGGCUCUUUCUUUCUUCCUUUCUUAAUCUGCACCAUUAGAUGAUGCUUACUCUGUUAUAGACGAUAUGACCAUGGCCAUGCGGUUCUCCAAAAUGUUUUCAAAGUCGUUGCCUGGAACAAUAGAAUAUACCAAACCGUACUGGCAACGAGCCCAUGUUACUCCGACUCCUCAUGAUAUAUCGCUCACCACCUGGGUCACUGAUAAGAAUUACGACCAAUUAAUCCGGAUAGCGCAGAUGUGGAAUGGGCCUAUGUCAAUUACUUUACACAUCGAAGCCAAAGCACCAACAACGUCGCCAGAAACGGUUGAUUUGCUGGAUCAGAUACGACUGGAUUUGCAAAAGGAAUCGUCCAUUGUACAGUACGCUGAUAUUCAUUUGCUUGUGACCCCUCCUUCGUAUAGUGGAGCUCUCGCCUUGUCUCGCAACAGUGAUCGAAACUUCGCCCGACUGUUUGCUCGCACCGAAUUCAUCUGCUACUUGCCAAUAGAACUGGUUCCAGCCACAGAAUUGAGAGACACCUUAGAGAGAAACUUUGAUUCAUUUGCCGCUCGCCUUAGGGCCGGAGAUGUCUUUGUUGUACCCACAUUUGCCUAUGUUACAGCCGAACAAGUUGCAUCACCGGAAGCUGAUUGGGCUGAACAAGCUGCUGAAGACGAUGGAGAGCCUGAAAACGUUGAAAAAGAGCAAUAUAUGACCCUUGUUCAUGAUGAGGCCAUUAUUCCACGCACCAAAUCUCGCCUGUUGCACUUGGUUGAAUCUGGUGCUAUGGGUGUGGAAGACCGUCACUGGCCCAUUGGAAGUGGACCCACCGAUUUCAACAAGUGGAAGAAUGCAGACAAGUUGUUUGCUGUGGAGGAUUACGAGUUCCACUACGAGCCUGUUGUCAUUGAGAGUCGAAAUGUUCAGCCAUGGUGCUCUGAACGAUUUGCCGAAAAUGGAGCUGCCUGUCUGUAUGCUACAUACUUGACUGGAGCCAAUUUCUGGAUUUUACCGCACGACUUUGUUGUUCGUAUUAAGGAGCAACAACAAACAUGGCUUUCUAGUACCGAGACGGUUAUUCAAAAUCGCUUGUACGCUAAGUUUGUAUGGGAACUUUGCGUUCACCAUGCUAGAAUGUUGGAUGCAGAAGGCUUAUGGAACACCGAUCGGUCUCGACAUGCUAAAUCCUCAUGUUCUCGUGUCAUCAACAGCUGGGGUAAAGGUCUAGUCGGCGAAUGAUCAUAUACAUAAUGUUUAUACAUGCAACAAAAGAGAGCCCAAUUAAAAAGAAAUAACACACAAAAAAAAAGAGCAUAACGGCU